AUGACUGGUAUGUUUGGUGUGCAUCAUGUUCGGGGCGUAGCUGGAUCAGGCUAUUCUGUUGUAGCAGUGCUUCAGCUCACACCGCAUCCUCGGUACCAGCAACACCAGCAGCAACAGCAACAACACCAGCAGCAACAGCAGCCAGAAAUCGCACCGUUCUCAAAUCCUCCGAUAUAUGGUGGCUAUGCUUCAUCAAAUAUUUAUGCUAGCCAGGAUAUUGCUUGGCCACGGUGCAAAGUAAAAUCGCUUGGUUGGCUUUCUCCUUUCGAGCGUCAGGGACUGGUAGUUGCAGAUGCUCUGAUGGCGUUCAGAGGAUGGUUCGUACACGCUUUGCGUCUUAGCGCCCGUAACUGCUGGUGCCGGGCAUUCCAUGAAACUGAAAAUUCAAAGCUGUUGGCAGAGCUAUGUUAUGUUUACUGUAUGGCUGGACCAUGGUAG